UACAGGCACCCAGAGAGGGGCUGGGCUGCCAGGCCAUGGGAUGUGAUGUGACCCUACAGACACCCAGAGAGGGGCUGGGCUGCCAGGCCAUGGGAUGUGACCCUACAGGCACAGAGGUUCCUGGCACUUUCUGGAACGGGAGAAACACCUUCCCUUGGACACCCAUCCCACCCAGACACACACAGAGAGGAAACACAGGAGGAGCAGCUGGAGCAGUGCAAAGCCCAGGUAUUUCCCAGGAGGGGAGAGGCAGGAAGGAGUGGGAGGUUCCUGGCUGCUGUUCUCCCAGGGAGCACAUCCUCCUCCUGCUGCUCGUGCAGGGCUCCAAGGCUUGGACAAACCAGAGCUCUGUUUCUCCUGACCCAACUCUGUCUGUCCCCAGCUGGAUUUUAGCCUGGAAUGCUCAGGCUGCCCUUGCCUGCUGAUCUGUGCCCCACCUCUCCUGAGCUGCUGUGCAGAACUCCUGCAGGAGCCAGGGCACCUGCCCAGCCAGGGGAGGCUGCUCUGGGUGACAAUUAACUCCCUUUUCUUGGAUGAGGAGGAAACAGAGGAGGAACCUGCCCCAGGCAGGUGGUGUGGGACUGAGACUUGGGCUGCAGAGCCUUUUGGGGGUAGGAAACUGCUACUGGCCUGUGGCAAAAGGCACCAUUCUUCCAAGUCAUGGGCUACACUGAAGCAAGUGAAGAGAAGAGCAGGGAGGUUUUAAAAGAACACAGUGACUUUGGGAGGUAGAGAAGGAGAAGAUGCCUUUCAUGUUGAAAUCCCACCCCAACUGCCCCUCUGCCUGCACAGGCAUCUUCUCCAGCCAAAAUCCUGGCAGGAUGAGGGAAGGAACAACUUCCUUCCUAUCCCCUUCCACAGUAGCUCCAGUUCAGCCAGGUAAAUCAGGUGUGCAAUCCUUUGAAGCCUCCAGGCUUCACCCUGGAAAGAUCUACCACAGAGUUUUCCCCACCCAGGCUGAAAGAGAAGACUUCCCCAUGGAGCCUCCCAACACUGAUCCUCCCAGCCUGCCUUCCCCAUGUGUCCCAAAUUCUCGAGUUCCUCCUUUCCCUGUUUCCUCACAGGCUGUGCCAUCGCUGGUGCCUGCCCCUUCUUCCCUGCAGGGCAGUGCCCUCUGCCCUGCCCUUUGUGCCACCAAGAUUAUGCAGAGCACAUGGCCUCAUCUUUUGUCCCUGAUUUCCCUUCAGCCUGCUGGAAUAAACCUCGCUGGAAUUUAUCACAAAAAGGCCCUUCUUGCCUGUCUUGGCUGAGCUAGCCCUGGUGAGUGUGGUGUGUGGACUGGAGUGCUUUGCCUGAAUUCCUGCCCAAGCAGGGUACUCCUACUCCUUUCCCACAGGAGAUGUGCCUUAGGUUCAAAGAUGUAAUUGUGUAUUGUGUUCCCAUCUGUCAGAGGUGGGGCAGUUCUCUUCUGUUCAUUGGGAAGUUUUCUUUAUCUCUUCCACAGCCAAUCCUCCCUCUGGGGAAUAUCUACUGUGAAUGGGCCAUUUAUUGUUAAUUAUCUACUGUCAAUGGGCCAUUUAUUGUUAAUUAUCUACUGUCAAUGGGCCAUUGAGUGACACUGAUAAAAUCCUAUCAUCCCAUUGGGAGAUGCUCUGCCCAGGGGAGGAGCCAAGCAUUCCUCCACAUGGAUAUAAGCUGGGGUUUGGAACAGCACAGCAGCCUUUGCUCCCUGCAUUCCCAGAGGAGCAGCUUUCUCCUGCCCUGCAUUCCCACAGGAGCAGCUUUCUCCUGCCCUGCAUUCCCACAGGAGCAGCUUUCUCCUGCCCUGCAUUCCCAGAGGAGCAGCUUUCUCCUGCCCUGCACUCCCAGAGGAGCAGCUUUCUCCUGCCCUGCACUCCCACAGGAGCAGCUUUCUCCUGCCCCGCAUCCACCUGGCUUUUCAAACCCAGGCAAGACCCCUUUUGGGAAUCAGGCAGCCCUUGCAGCAUCUAAGCCCCAGGCUCACUCCAGCUGGGUGAGCGGCGCGGGAGAAGCCGCAGCCAUGGCGGAACGGAAAGUGCUGAACAAAUAUUACCCCCCGGACUUCGAUCCCGCCAAGAUCCCGCGGCUGAAGCUCCCGAAGGACCGGCAGUACGUGGUGAGGCUGAUGGCCCCCUUCAACAUGAGGUGCAGGACGUGUGGGGAGUACAUCUACAAGGGCAAGAAGUUCAACGCCCGCAAGGAGACGGUGCUGAACGAGUCCUACCUGGGGCUGCCCAUCUUCCGCUUCUACAUCAAGUGCACGCGCUGCCUGGCUGAGAUCACCUUCAAGACAGACCCCCAGAACACGGAUUACGCCAUGGAGCACGGCGCCACCAGGAACUUCCAGGCAGAGAAGCUCCUGGAGGAGGAGGAGAAGAGGAUGCAGAAGGAGAGGGAAGAGGAGGAGCUCAACAACCCCAUGAAGGUCCUGGAGAACCGAAUCAAGGAAUCCAAGCUGGAGAUGGAGAUCCUGGAGAACCUGCAGGAGCUGAAGGAGCUCAACCAGCGCCAGGCCAACGUGGAUUUUGAGGCCAUGCUGAAGCAGCACAAGGAGCUGGAGGAGGAGCAGAGGCGCAAGGAGCAGGAGGAGGACGAGCAGGAGAUGAAGGCCAUGCUGCAGCAGGCCCAGAACCGCCGGCUCCUGGUGGAUUCUGACUCUGACGAGGAACCAGCAAAGCGCUGUCCAAAUCCCACGGCCCAAACAAAACCCACGGCCAUCCUGCAGGAGGGCCCCCAGAGCAAGAGGCCGAGGACGCAGAGCUGGGAGCGCAGCGGGGGCAAGCUCAGCACCAGGGCCCGGCUGGCCGGGCUGGUGGCCCGCAGGACGCAGAAGCCAGAUCCUGCCCUGGAUAACGGGAUGGAAACCCCAGGCAGCACGGCCACCACCGGCUCGCCUCCAGCAGCAGCAGCAGCCACGUCCUCGCUGGGUCUGCUGGGAGCCUACGAGGACAGCGAGGACAGCGAGGACAGCGCCAGCGGCUGAGGAGCUGCCAGGGUGGGGACAGAGCAGGGACGGGGCUGUCCCCGCUCCCUGCUGCUCCUGGAGCCACAUACGGAGCAGAUCCCACCUUUGCACAGCCUGGGGGGCUCCUCCAGCCCCUCACUGCGGGCAGACGGCUGUCCUGCCACCACCAGCCUCCCUAGAUGUCCCUAGGAGCUCGGGGACAAACCCCUCCCUGCUGUCCUGUGCCUGCAGGGCUCCAGCAGCCACAACUCUAGAAUAAAUGGGACCUGGCAGAAAAACCCCCCCCAAAACAAA